GUCGAAGUUUGGACUUGAUGGAGAUGAUAAGAGAUCUAAGUACCACUGGCCAGUGGCAGUGCUUGUUAAGCGCUAAUCUAUAGGCGAAUUCGGGCGCUAAAGACAUUCUGAACCUCCUCACACAGAGAUUUCCGUCUUAUUUGACACUGCAUAGUCCUUUGUAUAUUGCCUCCAUGUCUGACAAUUCGUCUGCCCCCGCGUCGACAUCCAGCUCUCUCCUUUCAUAUCCGGCGCCAUCUAGCGACGAACCUGCACUGCCAACUGCACAACCACGAUCUCUACUGAAGGAUAGACUUUACGUUGGCAAUCUCCAUCCGUCCGUAGAUGAGUACACCUUACUGCAGUCAUUCUCCAAGUACGGCAAGAUAUCCAAACUUGAUUUCCUCUUUCAUAAAACGGGACCAAUGAAGGGCAAACCCAGAGGCUAUGCGUUUGUGCAGUUUACAAAUUCGGACGACGCUGCCAAGGCGCUAGUAUCCGCCAAUGAUAAGCUGCUUCGGGGCCGCAAGAUUGUCGUCACGUAUGCCCACCAAGCACCAACAGAAGAAUUCAACAUGAGUGGUGCUUCGAGACCAAGGAGGAUAGUUAGUGAUGUUGGAAGACCGACAACGUUGAGCUUGCUCAAGAGUGCAAGCGGCGGUCGCUCUGCUACUGAGGACAAGAUCGCGAAGAUGGAGGCCAAGCUACGGCAAUUGGAACAGUCAAAGCCCGAUGUUCCACUCCAUCCUUCGCUCCCUCCAAAACCUAUAGGAGUGACGACUUCAUCAUCCUCGACAUCCACCCCAAGAGCUGCUACGAGAGGCGCUGAAAGGCAGUCAGUUCGCUCUACUGCAUCGUUGCCCUCCUUACCCAUUGUGAAUCCGCUACCUACAAAACCUGCGUCUCCAGGACUUCGCGUCGCGCCUUCGACGACCACGGGUACCUCGUCUGCACCUCGAAGAAGCACACCCACGUUGUCUGGCGUUAAGAUUGUAAAGCCCAAGAAUCGUUGAUAGUAUAUCAUGUUGGAGAGGCCCUAUGCAUGUGAAAUGCUUACUAUACCGUAUACGCUAAUGACAUUCGGCUCGCUCAUGAUGUUCCUAGUUAGUCGCAGCUUUCUACUUCUGAUAUGUCUCGCCGUGCUCAAUUUUGGGAGGAGAGCCAAUACAGUAAGUUAUUAAAUUUAAAUCGCAAAU